CUGCUGUGGGUCUCUUUUGCUUGAGCGGCCUUGUGCUUAUGUCUAGAGCAAACUCCUGCUCGAGGCUGAGGCGGUCCCGAUCUCUCCAAGCUGUCGCCGACUGAGGGUUUUGCCUCUCGCUCUCUGAGUUUUUUAUCGCUGGACUUUCUCUCGUAAGUCCUAGCAGGUACUCACUUAGCCGGGUAUGCUGCCGCGCCAUGUGGUGCUGGUCUCUCGUCCGCUGGUAGAAGGCAUGCGUCGGAGGAUCUUCGAUCGUGUUCGACAUUCAUCUUCAUGAGAGCGGAAGUUUCUCCCUUGAAAACAUGGGAAAAAGAGGUGUCGCGUGUAGUCCUGUCCAAAAUUGGACAGUAUAAGAAGCUCGGUUCUCUUUUUCUGUAGUUCUCCCUUGAAAACAUGGGAAAAAGGGGCGUCGCGUGUACUAGUCCUGUCCAAAAUUGGACAGCGUAAGAAGCUCGGUUCUCUUUUUCUGUAAAAGUUGAAACUUUUGGAAGCUCGCAAUCGUGUCGAAUCCGCAUGAGAUUCCGCGUUUUGCCUUGGUAGUGUUGAUAGUGAAAAUCUCCCUUUUUUGAUCAAGAGAAAUCGCAGGUUUUCAGUGCUAGAUUCGUAGUCUCAAAGUAGCUAAUUGUAAAUUUUCCACCUCAAUCCCCAUGGGUGUACCCCGGUUUUCAAGGGGACAGCGACAGGUGACAGCGACACUAACGAGGAACCUACAUACUGAUGUGGUUGUCGUAGUCACUCCUACGGAUGGCAGCGCACCUCGGACGUCAGCGAACAUGGUAGGGGACAUGAGUAUACUGCCACCUCCUAUACUGCCACCCCCAGCUACUCCUCUUCCUAGAUUUAAGGCCACAAUUCUUGGUCAGUUUUGUCAAAAGAUAUGCAUCUUGUUCCCCAGCAUCUUCAUCCCGUUUUUAUAGGGAAAACGGGACGAACCAAGGUGACUCUCAAGAUGGGUUUCUCUUGGUUUUAAUAGACCAGGAGUGACAUUAUCUGCAGCUGGAGCGACUCCCUCUUCUUCUAGUAGUAGUUCUUUUCUUGUACCAGGAGGACCAGGUCCUCCAGGGGGUCUUAAUACGGGAGGACCUAGUGGAGGCGGAGGGCCACAUAUGAAUAGUUCUUCUAGUACUUUUGCAACUUUUUUGAACAGUGGAGCAGGUGGAGCAAUCCCUUCUUCGAAGACAACUAUUGGUAGUGGCACAGGAGGUAGGGGAACACAGGACUUUCGGGAUCCGGAUCUCAGAGAUAAGCAAGUGAACUCCCAGAAGCUCAGUGGUUUCUGCUUGUCGCCGCCUCUUCGUGGUUAUGCAGAAGUUCUUCAUAUUUAAUAGAUAGUGAAACUUGUCAACGGCUCUUCGUGGUUAUGGAAAAGUUUCUGUUGUUGAAUUCUCAAGGUUUACGUCUAAAAAAAUCACAGUGUUAAGGCAGUCUGCACUGAACUUUGUGCGAGAUUGAUUAAUUGUAUUGAUUGUAUUGUAUCAACAUCAUUCUUGCUUCAUCUAAGACCAGCACCACGGUUCCCAUUACAAUUCGCAUCUUUCAAGGCGUGGUCGGCGUGCAGGGUCCAUCGCGACUCCUCGACUCGCACCCGGCAGCAGCAGCAAAGUAAGGAGACGAAGCACCAGUCGCGGUCGUGCCAGUUCCUCCGGAGCCGGUGCGGCACCUAGCCCUCGUUGGUUUGGUGGUGCCGCAAUGGGCUAUCCCGCUGGCUACGAGAGUGGGCAAAUGGCGAUAUUACCCGGAUCCUCAACCCCUAGUGUGGGCAGCGCAACUUUCCUGAAGAUGGCCAACACACCACGAAGCCGCAGUGGAAGUGCGAGUUCCGUUGUCAGUGCAGGGGGGCCAGGGUUUUCGAGUAUUGCUGGUAGUGCUAACAUGAAUGCGACAGGAAUUGGUACUGUCACGGUAGAUAGCAGUGGCACUGGCAACAGUACGACACCGUCAAUCUCAAUGACUAUGAUGAAUUUUACAUCCUCUAGCUCUACGUCGUUCAACAAUGCAGCCUCGACAUCUGCCAUUGGUGGUGCAGGUUCAGCAUUUGCUCCAAGUACAGCCGGUGGGAGUGCCAGCAGUAUGCUACUGUUAGGGAACAAUCCAGGAACAGCUACUCAAGGAAUCAUGCCUAGUGGUGCCAGUCAAUCUCUAUCUCAUUCUCAACAACUUGAAAAUAAUAGCCAGAGUGCCCCGAUCUGUGCAUCUUCGCUGAACAAUUCCGUGCUCGUAGCCAGUCAAGCGUCGCCAAGAACGUCAUCUUCUACAUUACAGAUUGGUGAAGGAACUGGUCUCGGUGGUGCAGCAGGAGGUCCCUCAGGAGGGAUAUUUGGUGGAGGAAGUAGUAGCUCCUCUCAAAGCAUGAAUAUUUCAUCUUCCCCGUUUGGCAAUACUUCCUUCGCAACCGCCUCUAGUUACGGGUAACGCCGACCACCCGUCUCCUUCUCCAACAGUAUCUCUUCUGGGCCGUUUUCUAGUUGAAAACAGCUCCUGAGAGAAGAUGUUCUAAGAAAGUAGAUGGGCCGGUGUCGGUACAUCUAACCUAGUAUCCCAGUAGUACCUUGUUCCUCUCCCGGCUUGUUUGGCACAUCUAGCUCUUCUUUAGGAAUCAUGGAUAAUGCCUUCGGGGGUUCGGUACCCCUAUUCGCAGCGUCCUCUGAAGGAUCGACGAUGCAGUUGGAAGAAAGUUGGGCGACGAACAUUCUGCUGCACAGUGAUUAAGGCUUACAAGGAAGUAGUAUUAAUUGAUCUCAAGAAGGAGCAUCUUUGGCGCCGUCUACUUAAAGGGGAAAGCACGCCAAAGUAGAUGCUCUCUUCCAGUGAUAACUGAGGUCGUCUAAAGAGAGGAGCCUUCUUCCGGUGACGUUGUUCAGCAGCAGGAUGCUGUAGACGAAGAAGAAGAGGGCUCUAGUUCGCCAGAUGGUCAUGAACCAGGAACAACGUCGAGAGGACGAGCAAAUCUACUAAUGAGCACUAUCUUAGAGGACGAGCAACUACCACCAGAGGAAGAACUAAACGCCCAUGGAGUGGGAAUUGACGCGCAUAAACGGAGUCGGAAGUCCCAAAGCUAUUCUGGUGCAAACUUGGGGUUGGAUGAAGGUGUUGGAGUAGGUGGAAUAGGUGGACUCGGAACAUCCUCAAAUUCGAGCUCAACAUCUUCCGGAAUUGGAGGAGGAGGUGUUCCUUUGAGUCUGGGACUUGUAUCUUCUUCAAGCAUGUCCUCGUCCUCUCUACCCCCGCCAGCGUCAAGAAUGGGAGCCGGCUUUCUGUCACCCGCUGCUGGCAUUCAGAUGUCAACCACGACCGGCACUUCUUCUUCUGCUCUAGUAGGAAUACAUCAGCCUCCGCCUUCGAGUGGAACAUCUUCCAUUACUACUUCUAUGAACAUGGGUCCCUUACUGCGUGCUUGUAGUACAACUUCUAGAAGUGGUGAUCAUGCCGCCAGCACCUCUUCGUUUCACCGACCAAGUGCUGCAUUUCCCCAACAAGGACUUUCUAGUUCCUCAAACAUCGCAUCGUCUGCGCAGAUAGGUAUGGCGGGGGCUUUAUCAUCACAUAUUGGAAGUAGUUCUAGCGACGCGCUUGGUGCAAUGAAUAACGCAAACAACGUGCUAACAGGACAUCUGGGACCGACAACUGGGACCACUAGUACCGGGGUUCUGUCAUCAUUAUCGGGAUCCUCUGGAAUACAGCAUCCUAAUCUUGGUUUUGCAGGAGGUAGUACGAGCACUACAACUUCUUCCAAUAAUUGUACUCCAUAUUCAACUAGCGGUCAAAGUCAUCAUCUUAGCUUAUUUCCCGGUAAAGGGAUGCUGUCGAGGAUGAUCAGCCCACCGCUGUGUCCUCAAAAGAGCCCUCCCGGAGGGUCAAUGAUGAAUUCAGGGUCUUUUGCUCCACUUAAUGGAGGCGACGGUCUAGGACCCACUCCACUGGGAACAACAAAUCUGAAUACUCCAAUGAACAACAACAACAACAACAGCACAGGGACAGGACUACUAGCUGAAAACCUAAACGUUCAGAUGUCGGAUGAUCGUUCCCUCUCUUCUAAUGCUGGAGCUGCGAACACCCCAGGGACAACAUCUGACCAAGAUAUUGAAUUCAGUCUUCGUUCACUCAGUGGGGAACGCUUGUUUGACAAAGGAGAAGCGCCUGUGAGUCAGCCAGUAGCUGGAGAGGGGCACGGACACGGGCUCCAACCCCAAACAGGAACUGCGUCUGCAUCGUCUUCCGGUGUCAUUCAACAGCGUGAAGUAUGUUCCUUGGCCAGUUUUGCUGGCAAAGCGUUGCCCAAUAAGCGCACAACCGGUAGUCGCGAAUCCAGUAGUGUCGACAACGCUGACACGUCGGAUAAUAACGAUGCUUCGAUUAUGACUUGUGUUGACUGUUAGAGUUCAGGAUAAUAAUCAUGUGAUUUUUGCAGGAACAGCCUCAUGUUCGGAGGCCGUGUUAAUAAUGCUUGUCGUUGCAGCAGCAGCAGCACACGCACAUGCGAGGUUCGUUUCUGAAGCUACUUUUCACACUUCAAUACAUCUAUCCCUCUUAUAAUAAACAUUGAUUCCACGACCUCUACUUUCAUCCUCCCUUCCGCCAUCGCCACCUUCCUCUGUCGCAAGCGCAUGCAAUCUGGAUCUGAGCGGGAUGUUUUGUCAGACUCGGUUGUGGCUAAUUUUCCUACAGAUGACGACGAAUCCGAACGUUCUUGGGCUCCCGUGAGAAAACGUCAACGUCGAAACGCGUUGCGACCAGGUGAUGACGACGAUGCAAUCGCACGCACAUUCUACAAUGAUGCUGACUCAGUCUAUAGCGAUUUAGCUUCGCUUCCGGAUUCCAAUUUUGGUGGUGGGGGUGCCAUCCCGAAUCCAAAUGCAGCUACUACAUCUUCUAGCACCAGUGUUCAACAAGGGACAACAGGAACAGCAACCAGUUCAGGACAACAGCAACCUCCAUUGGCGCCUGGUGCAACAGUUGGCGCAACAUCCUCAUCAUCCUCAGCACCUGGAGGAAUGUUAGCGUCACCACUGUUAGAGCAAUCGCCAAAUUCUGCAGACUGACAUAGAUCUUCACCCCUGUCCCUGAAUAUCCCCAUCCCAGUGCGCAUCCCGUGUCUUCCCCGUGCGCAUCCCCAAAAAUGACGAUUAUAGUCUUCUUACCUCCACUCAGUGGGCUUAGAAGUGGUCUUACUACAACUCGACAGUAAAGCGGAUUUUUUUACAAGUGGUCUUAAGCUGAUGAUACAACUAGUACAGAACUGAUGACGCGAAACAAGGCAGAAGCAGAUAAUAUUGCCUGAAUGCGCUUGCAUACCGCGCGUCAUCAUGCACAUGAUCAAGUAUGUCUCGACAGAGAGCAGCUGGAGAGAUGAGCAUUCGUGUUCGUGUAAUAAACACUCUUGCUAGGCACAU